CAAACCCUGAACGCAACCAGGCGCCGACAGACGGAUCUACCCAUCGCCUCCACGUGACCUCGCCCAAACGCAUCAGGGCCAGCAGUGGAAGGGGUCGGGUCGUGCUCGCUAUCCUCGAGGCUAGGCCAGUGAGGAUAAUGGACGUAACGGUUUCCCCUGAGAUCGCUCCGAUCAACGCCUCCAGUCGCAGGAAGCGAUCCCUCAGCCCGGCACCAUCUCACGGGGCUCCCGCCUCUGGCUCCCUCUUCGGCAAGGGACCGCCGCCCGCCGCCGCUCCGCGUUCGCCGGGGCGGAGCAAGAUGACGCGGACCGGCCUCAAGACCGUGUCGCCGUGGUCCAGCAACCGGCUGUUUUCAUCGUCAUCGUCGCAGGGGGCACCGGCGGCGGCUGGGGAGGCGGUUGGAGGACAUUACGGGACAGCGAUCAUGACGCCACAGCAGGAGCAGCAGACUCCCGCGACCACCGACUACCAUCACGCCGACUUUUUCAGACGCGUGUCCGCUUCGUCCUCGGCGAGGGCGGCGCCUGCGGCUUGCUCCAUGGCCAACCCUUGCCCUCCCCCGGCGGCGGCGGCGGCUUCAUUCGCCACCUCCGGCGGCCCCUUUGGGGACACCCACGAGGCUCAGGAAAAGAGGACGGCGGCGGAGGCGGCUGAAGCGGGCGGGUGCUCCAAGAAUGUCGCGUUCUCCCACUCAGAUGAGCUCUCCGCCAACGACAUGGAAAAAGAUGGCGACACCAUGGGCAUCGGUGUUGACGGGGGCGGGGGUGGAGGCGGGGGCGGGAUGGGUCACGGCGCCAGCGGAGGGGAACCGUUCCCACCUUACGUCCGGACCCUUGGCUGAGAGUGUCCUCCAGGUUAGAACGGAUCCGCGCUGCCUCUUACAUACAACCCACCAUCUCUGCGGCGAGUGUGCAGGUUAGGCGCACUAGUGGUCCAUCAGAGUCGGGUGUCGUGUCCCCUGGCAAGCAGGUGGGCACGUGAGCGCAUCUCCCACCUCCGCGGCGUGUGUGUAGGUUAGGUUAGCGGUCCGUCAGAGUCGGGUGCCCAUGUCCCUUGGCAAGCGGGUAGGCAAUUGAGCGCAUCUCUCGGUGGAAGAGACGUCGUUGCUGCCGCUGAUGUUGCUGCCGCUGGUGAUGCUGAUGCUACUUGUGGCACGGGGCGUUACCGCCUUUGUAGACGUCUUGCUGGUCUUGCUAUUGUAGGGGCAUCCUUGUGGGUGGGAGAUGCACAGUGGGUUGGAGUUGUACAGUAAUGAACAAUAGGAGGCGUUGUUGUCGAGGCUGGGCUUAGACCAUCGCGUACACGCUCUGCUGUGUGUAUUUGCACCUUUCUGACUCACUUGAUGAGUUGCGCCCAAUCGCAAAGAAGGUGUUUGAUGGUCGGGGGGGAAGUGUUGGUGUUGACGAUGGCUUGCGAGAUGAUCCGACGCGACCUUCGACCGAAAGAAAGCGAACGGAAAAUACCGAUGUUGAGCGUAUCAACUGCCGCUGCUUGUGUGUGCAUGUUGUAUCGGUUGCGGCAAACUGGGGAUAGGAUACUGCAUUCCUCGGCAUUAGACCAUUAGACUGCAUUCCUCCGCAUUAGACCAUUAGUAAAUAGGGUUAGCAGCUGACUGUACCUUCAACGAAAAAGCUGUGGGUUCUUUACACUAUUUUCUAUGUUGAAAAAUCGAUUUGCCAUGUUUGUUGUAUUUCUUUUCUGGAAAACCGAAAAGUGACUUGUGAUAUGAACAUGGAGUAGGAGCGAGCGCGGUUGGGUUUCGCGAGAGUGCACAUGGUGGCGGGCUGGUGCGUGUAGAGAACCAGGGUCCCCCCUGUCAAGUAGUGGGGUCGAUGAAGCACUGCAACAAUGUGGCACGCUGUAGCGGUGGCACGGCUAGAAUGCAGCGAGGGGCAGCCAUUGGGUGCUGCUACCAGAAGAGAAGAGAGCCAUUAGGCGGAAGGGAUGCGUGUGUCCCACGAAGCGGUGUCUUUGAUAUGCACCGUAAGAGUCGGAAAGUUGGCACCGGGUGCGAUCGUUUUUGAUUAUUUUUGUUCCUAGGGUUUUUUAUCGCACCCCGGUGCCAUCCUUCCCCCCGGUGUUUGCAACCGGGAUUGGGUUUUCGUCGCUU